AUUUGCAUCAUAUUAGCAUUUAAGAGCGUUCCUUGGUUGUUUAAUAAAACUGUGCAUUGCUGGACAGUUGAAGUAACAAAGGAAAUCAAGGGUUUGUUCCAGUUACAGCUUGCAAGCUGCUUGGCUAACCAAGUGUCUGUAAGCUAGUUUAUACAGUAUAGCUAACUACCGGCCUUUCGGUCAGUCAGAGGAGCUUAACGAGCUAACGUAGCACGGCAGGCUAGCUCACAGUCAGUGGGUUUGUAUCGUUGACGGUGAAACGAUGGGACGUUCACGGAGUCGCAGCUCCUCUCGCUCCAAGCAUUCCAAAGGCAGCAAGCACAGUAAAAAACGAAGCCGUUCAAGAUCACGUUCCCGAGAUAAAGACAGAACAAAGAAGCGCUCCAAGUCCCGGGAGUCAAAGAGGAACCGGAGAAGAGAUUCACGUUCCCGUUCCAGAUCAACCACAGUCUCAGCCCGCCGGGAGAGGGACAGAGCUACCUCGCCGCCGGAGAGAAUUGACAUUUUCGGGAGAACGUUGAGUAAGCGGAGUGCUGUUGAUGAAAAACAGAAAAAAGAGGAAGAGGAGAAAAAAGCGGAGUUGGAGAGACAGAGGAAAAUUCGCCAACAGGAGAUUGAGGAGCGACUAAUCGAGGAGGAGACAGCGCGGCGGGUGGAAGAGCUGGUGGCAAAGCGGGUGGAGGAGGAACUGGAGAAGAGGAAGGAUGAGAUAGAGCGGGAGGUGCUACGUCGGGUGGAGGAGGCCAAACGCAUCAUGGAGAGACAGUUACUGGAGGAACUGGAACGUCAGCGACAGGCAGAGUUGGCAGCGCAGAAGGCCAGAGAGGAGGAGGAGAAGUCCAAACGAGAGGAGCUGGAGAAGAUACUUGUGGAAAACAACAGAAAGAUAGCAGAGGCUCAGGCUAAGCUGGCAGAGGAGCAGUUGCGAAUCGUGGAGGAGCAGAGGAAGAUCCACGAGGAGAGGAUGAAACUGGAGCAGGAACGGCAGCGGCAGCAGAAAGAGGAGCAGAAGAUCAUUUUAGGGAAGGGAAAGUCACGACCCAAACUCUCCUUCACUCUCAAGGCCUCCGAGUAACCGAGGCUAUCCAGACUGCAGCCAGGAAUCCCAGCGCUCUUUCCCACACAGAGAGGGAGAGCGGCCUCACUCCGCCAUCCGGAUCCCUGGAAAGAUGACGUUUGUCUCUCCUCACAGUUCUCGCCGAGGGACUGUGAGUUUUAGACUCUUCCGUCGGGAGGAGAAGCAUCUGACUGACAUGCGUGACUGCUCCGUCGACUUGCUGUGAUACGAUUACCGUUUGUCUUCAGUUCCCCAGAUUAAUUUUAUUGACUGUGUUAUAGGAAGCCGUCACGUCCCUACCUCCUGUGUUGUACUCGGUGAUGCUGCAAACCUCUCCGUCUGUGGUUUGCUAAUAGGCUAAAAACUAAAAAACAAACAAACAAAAAAAAAAAACAAGCACAUGAAAUGGAGGCAUUUGGUCAUUUGGCUUCUGAGACAUUGAACAAAGGUUUCUAAGACUAAGUGUGUGGUGAUUGUCUGGGUGUGUGUGUGUGUGUGUGUGUGUGUGUAUGUAUGUAUGUAUGUGUGCGUGUGUGUGUGUUUGCUGGAUGUAAUUUGCUUAACCCACUGUCCCUCCAGUGCUCUUCCAUCUUUGCAGCUGCAGACAUUGAAUCAUUUAAUGUGUAAAUAUUUUAUUUUUAGACAGCAGUGUUUUUGAACUAAAAAAACAAAUACAUAACUCUGUCAAAUUCUUCACAACCUGUUGAUGACUCCCUUAUCAGUUCACAGUUAGUGCAGGUUCAGACAAACUUGAUCGG